UGAAGCAAUAACCACUAGAGCAUUCAAGACUCAACGAAGUCCUUAGUUACGAGUCCAACGUGUUGUGUUCCAGUCGUCAAAUUAUCAUUAGAGAGUUUCACCAGAGCGAUGACAUCACUUUCAACCAAUCGGCGUUUCUCGUGGGCGAAACUGUGAAGUGCUACCUUAUAAGAAAGCUCAAUCGAUAUCACGACGCACGAAAGUUCGUCGUGGUCUAUGCAGUAAAAAAUACGCGGACCAGUCUCAAUGUCAGAGCCUUGUGUCUGCUUAAAGGCCGUGUUUGAGGUCAAUAUCUGAACCUGGAGGAUGUUGUCCGACAAGGCCGAACAGAUUGUACCCUAGCAGAACACCCACCAACUGAUGUCCAAACCAUUGGAAAUUGGGAAUAUCCAUCUUCAACCAAUGAGAUACACAUCAGGUGCCCACAACACCCCAAGGAUUUGACGGCGUGGAAGAAUAUUCAAUACCCUCCCUCAGUGAAUGGCGGCAACAACUGUACGACUACUACCUCAUUAGUUAUAGCAACAACCAGCGAUAACCUACAAACACGAGCGUGGAAGCGUGUCUGGAAUGGCUGGGAAGCCAUAUCUCUUGGGGUUUGGACUAAUCCUUUUCCUACUCGCCUUCGUGAUAUAUGAAUCCGAUGCUCGGAGAAUCGGAGGAGGGUUCUCUCGAGGCAGGUUCUCUCCCACCAGGAACAGAAAUCCCACCAGGAACAGGAAUCCCACCAGGAACAGGGGGGGAUCAACUUUCUCCAGGAGACCCGCCCCUAGCAGCAGGAACGGUCUCUACAAUCGGCGAAACACAGGCUACGGAACCUACCGGACUCGUCGGACACCUUUGCCGAGGACGAGUUUGUAUUCCAGACAAUAUGGCAACUUCUACGGGCGUCGAAGCUCGAGUUACAACGGAUUUGGUCUGGGCAUGGGCGCGGGUUUGUUGAUAGGCUACCGUUUUGGGGUCCUUUCACGUCCCAUUGGAUAUGGGGGCUUUGGGUAUAACUACCGAUACAUACACGAGCACAGGAGCUACAACAUGGACCGGCCAUACACGUGCACGGCCACCAAUGUGUCGGAGUUCAUCAAAACCAUGGACUCGGCGCAGGAGCUUAAUAUUGACGAGGGCGAAAUCAUGUGCUCGCUUGAAGAGGAUGUCUGCUUUGGAAAGAUUACUGUUUUGGAGGCCAACAUAACCAUGGCAGAUGGAAGUGGAACUCGAGAAGGAUUUGAGAUCAAGAUAGAAAAAGGUUGCGGCCGGAGAUCCGAGUUUUCCGCCUCGAAUAACACCGCCAAAUACGAUUCCUCGCGCCAAUGUUGGACCAGUCGAGUCGACAACCGAACUCUGGCGUCCUUGGGUGACAACUCAACCGCAGAGAAGGCAGAGAACGUGAUCCCCGAGAAACUCAUCGAAGUGCUCGGUCUCAAGGGAAAAUCCAUGCGGGAAGCCUCCGUGUCAAGUCAAUUUGAAUUAUGNAUACUUUGA